AGGAUGUUUCGCGUCCUCUCGAAGCCCAAAAUUCAGGGACCAGUCGAGGCUUGACUUGCGGUUGGAGUUUCUUUCAUUCUUUGCAUUGGAUCGCCUCACUACCGCGUCGUCAUUAUGUCUUACUACGACAUUGACUCUAUUCUCACCGACGCAGAGAAAAUCCCAUGUACCUUCCAGCUCGACAUUCCUGACCUAGGCUACCUUGACAACACCCCGAAUCAACCCCUCAAAGCCGGAACAAAAGUUAACCUCCCACUAUGGCUCGCCGAAAUGCUUGUCAUCGCCAACACCGGCGGUCCCGAUAACAAGACCUUUGUCACGUUCGACCUCCCCCGAGCUCUCGGAAACGACGUCAUUCAAGCCCUCAAAGCCGACCCUCGAGCCGUCCCAUUACGCGACCAGAGCGCCCAUUUUUACGGGCUUGCAACACACAUGAUGGAUCUAUCUGAGGAACAAGAGCUGGGGAGUGUCCUGCGCAAGACGUUCGUCACUCGCGCUGCCGAGAUCUCAUUACAUGCUCGCAAGGUUGGAGGCGUCAGCACUAAAGGGAAAGGGAAAGAGGAGGGGAGUAAUCUUGGGAUUGGUGGUGCUGGUGAGGAGUUCCUCAGAGGGCUGGACGAGUGGGAGAGGAAGCUCUUCCGCAAGGCGCACGACGGCGCCAAGUCUGGGAAGGAGUGGAUGGACAGUAUCAAGAAGAACUGAGGGACUGGGGAGCAUCUCUUGAAGCAAGAGCUGGAGGAAGCCAACCCACGCCCUCGCCAUCCCUUCAAUUCCCAAGAUCGCCACCGCCGACGAAACGAAGAAAUUACAAUAUGGCCAGCGCCUGUUGUGGGAUCAGCCCGUACGAACAGCUGUACCAAAACCUUACUUGAUGGCAUGGGUUCAUGCUUUAAUUUUUGGGCUGGCUGGUCGUGGACACGCCGGUCCACAUUGGACCUCGGGGAACCAUUUGUUGAAAUCCAAAUUCGACGCGACAAACCAAGGAUGGCGCAGAGAACUGUAUAAUAACCUUAAACCGGACCGAUGGACACCUAGUUCAAUCGGUAAUCGGCGCAAGAUCAACUGAUAUUGCCUUCUUCGAUUCCAGAUACGGAACAACUGGGAAUUACGGUGCGCAGGCGUCAAAAUGUGGAAUAGGUAUGAUAGACCAUAUCGCACGGCACAGCGUUGCCGGUGUAGGGCUCAUUCUGUGGCAAGACAGCACACAUAUAUUAUGCACAAUACAGGAGAAC